AGCUGACACCCCCAAAAAUGUUCUCCAAAAAUGGAAAAUUAUAGGAGGAAUAGAUGAAAUUCAUCGAACCUAAAACCACGUCCGGUAACUUUAGAUAUCCCAUUUACCGAUAAUUUCCACUCCCGCCAGUUAUUGGUUGUUACAUUUUUGCACAGUGUCAGUGUUAGUUUUUUGGAUUUGUUUAUAUUGUGAAAUGAGUUAAUAAAAUGAUGCCAAUUAAAGAUAAUCAAGAUGUGGCUUGUUUCUUUGUUACCAAACAUUCCUGGAAAGGAAGGUACAAUAGAAUAUUUUCCAUUGGAACCAUGGGGAUAACAACUUAUAACCCAUCCAACUUGGAAGUUACAAAUAGAUGGGCUUACAAUGAUGUAAUAUCAGUCAGUCCAAUUAGAACAGGCAAUGCCCCCAAUGAAUUUCAAAUCACCAUGAAAAAAGAUAGGAAAAUUGAUAAGAUGACAUUUUCCACAGACCAUCGAACACAAUUAAUGACUGAGGCAUUAAAAUUCAGGCACAGUUUUUUAGAAAAGCCCAAGGAAAUUUUGAAAUAUCAUGCCUACAAACAUCACUGGUCUGAUGUUAGAUUACCCAUUAUACUUGAAAUAACACCUUAUUCACUUGAUCAGCUAGAUCCUGCCACAAAUUUAGUUCUUGCCAGUUACAAUUUUAAGGAUUUUGAGGGUAUAUGCACUGUAUCUGAUUACCCAGGAGGUUUUGUGAUAGUAUGUGGUGGAUUUGGAAGGUUACACCUUUUCCAAGCAGUUGAUUUUGAACAAAUAAAAGGAAAAAUUCUAGAAAAUGCUGUUACAAAUUUAGGAAUUAACAUUAAAGUAUUAAGCACUCCAAUUACUUUAGAAGAUUUUCAAAGCCAAAGAUUUGGAAAAUUCAGUGACGAUGAAUUCCAAACUUCCGUUUCUGAGUUUUCUGUAUACAAAAUACACAAAGCUAGACAUCCUGAGCCUGUGAGAAGAACAUUGUGUUUGUCUGAAGCAUGUUUGCUGGAAAGAGAUCCUCAGACAUAUAGUGUGUGUACAUUGCAACCACUAAGUAAUAUAUUCCUAUUAGUUCGAGACAAUGAUAACCCGCAAUUAUUUAGCAUUGAAUACAUAAAUGGACAAAUUAGAACAUACACCACAACUGAUAGGGAUUCAUUAUUGGCAUCCCUAUUAGAUGGUGUAAGAGCCUCAGGUAACAAAGAUGUGCACGUCACUAUGGUUCCUAGAGAAAGAGGCCUCAGAUUGGGGCCAUUGCAUUUACCGGUUGAGGAAGAAGCGGAAACCUUACACGUUAAAUUCCUCCAAAAUCCCCCGCCAAACAAGUCAUUUGCCGAAUGUGUCCGCAGAUUUAAUGCCAACGUUCCAUAUAGUGGUCUCUUGUACAGUGUCAAUCAAGACAAAUUAUUCUCGGAAAAUAAGGAGAAAUUGAUAGUGGCUGCCCUUCAGUCGCUCGUGCAAAAGGAAGGUGAUCAAAAAACCAUAGCAUCGGUAAAUCUGGAAGCGCAGUUUCACGCACUUAGGCGAUUGGUGGCCAGUAAAGUUGGUUAUGCCGCAUUUAUCAAAUUACCAGGUUUUCGAGAAGCAAUAGGCAUGAAGGUUGUAACAGCUUUAAAAAGGAAUGAUUAUGGAGUAACCCAUGCAGCAAUAGACAUGAUAUGCGCCCUGAUGCAUCCCAUGCAUGACGACUAUGACCUAAGGCAGGAGCAAUUGAACAAAUCAUCGUUGCUGCAGACUAAAUCAUUCCUGGAUCAUUUACUAAACAUGUGGACAACACAUAUUGCACAAAGUACAGGUGCUCUAGUAGUGUCGGCGAUGCUGGAUUUUCUUACUUUUGCACUGUGUGUACCCUACAGCGAGACUACGGAUGGGAAACAUUUCGACUCGCUUUUAGAAAUGGUUUCGGAAAGAGGUCGAAUGCUGUUUAGAUUAUUCCAGCAUCCAUCAAUGGCAAUAAUUAAAGGGGCCGGUUUGGUAAUGCGCGCCCUAAUUGAAGAGGGUGAGGCAGAAGUGGCAGCAAAAAUGCAAAAUUUGGCCCUAGCCGAGGGUGCAUUGCCCCGUCACUUGAUGGCGGCGCUCUACACCUCCGGUCUGGACGGUCGUUUGCUCACACACCGUCAACUAUCGCGUCACCUUAUCGGUCUGUGGAUCACCGGCAAUCCUACGGCAAUGGGGCUGCUCAAAAGAAUUAUGCCCACGGGUCUAACCAACUUCCUCGACUCGAAAGAAGAGAUCCCGGAGUCGGCCAAAGAACAGGAGCUGUUGAACUAUAGAGAUAACUUAAAGAUGGCCCAGGAUCACGCCAGCAAGUCCAGGAAGAAUCCCAACUGGGCGGCAGUAGAGCGACAACUCAAGAUAGUCGAGAAAAAGAUGGAACACUACACCAACCUGGCACUUCAGCACUGGGGUUCAAGAGUGGGAAUAAGCCUACCCAGGCAGGAGAACAACAAAGAAAGACCGAUUGUUUUAAGGAGACGCAGGGAAAGGAUAAAAGCUGAGGCCAAUUGGCCACUCUUUUAUUUUCAGUUCAACCAAGAUCACGCACUUCCCAAUUUAAUUUGGAACCACAAGACUAGAGAGGAGUUACGCAGUGCCUUAGAUAAUGAAGUGAGAAACUUCGCAUCCGACAGAGAAUUAGCCGGAUCGGCUUUGGUGGCCUGGAAUCAUCAAGAGUUUGAGGUAAACUAUCAAUGUCUGGCUGACGAAGUGAAAAUUGGUGAUUACUACUUAAGACUGCUUUUGGAGAUGGACGCUACCAAUGACGACUCUCCUAUUCGUAAAACAUAUGAAUUUUUUAACGACUUAUAUCAUAGAUUUUUACUAAACCCAAAAGUAGAAAUGAAAUGCAUGUGUCUUCAAGCAAUGGCUAUAGUUUAUGGAAGAUACUACGAGGAUAUUGGACCGUUUGGUGACACAAAAUAUAUAAUAGGAAUGUUGGAAAGGUGUUUGGAUAAAACAGAACGUGACAGAUUGGUGAUGUUCAUACACAAACUCAUUUUGCAUCAUCGCAAUGUUCGGGAGAUAAUCGAUGUGGGGGGAGUGAGAAUCAUGGUUGACAUGAUGACUUUGGCUCAUUUGCACACCUCCCGUGCUGUUAUUCCGACUCAAACUAAUGUCAUAGAAGCAGGUCCUGGUAUGAAGGCCAUACAACAAAAGGAAUGGUACUACAAUACAGAAGAAGGUAGACAAGGACCAGUCAGUUUUGAGCAAUUGAAAGAAUUGUUUCAAAAGAACGUGAUAAAUCACAAAACACGUUGUUGGGCCAUGGCUCUGGAUGGUUGGAGGCCAUUAAACAUGUUGCCCCAAUUGAAGUGGUGUUUACUGUCUCGAGGUACACCCGUUUUAAAUGAAAGCGAACUGGCAACGCACAUACUAAACAUUCUAAUCAGAAUGUGUGAGUACUACCCUAGCAGAGACUCUGACGACGCUAUCAUACGUCCCCUACCUAAAGUCAAGAGUUUACUGAGCGAUCCGGUCACCCUUUCGCACAUUGUACAGUUGUUAUUAACGUUUGAUCCUAUUUUGGUCGAAAAAGUGGCGACACUACUGUGCGAGGUCAUGAAAGAUAAUCCAGAAAUGUCCAAGCUCUACUUGACUGGGGUAUUUUACUUUAUUCUAAUGUACACUGGCAGUAAUGUUCUUCCAAUAGCCAGGUUCUUGCAACUUACCCACAUGAAACAAGCCGUAAAAUCCGAUGAGACCAUAACUUCCGAUAUAAUGCAAAAGAGUAUUCUGGGUAGACUGUUACCUGAAGCAAUGGUGAACUAUUUGGAGAAUCACGGAGCAGAGAAAUUCGCUCAGAUCUUUUUGGGUGAAUUUGAUACACCAGAAGCGAUUUGGAAUGCUGAGAUGAGAAGGAUGUUGAUCGAGAAAAUAGCCGCACACAUCGCGGAUUUCACGCCACGACUCAGGAGCCACACCAUGGCACGAUAUCUAUACAUACCAAUACCUGUUAUACGGUAUCCUCAGUUGGAAAGGGAACUAUUUUGCAAUAUAUUUUAUCUUCGGCAUUUAUGUGAUACCAACAAGUUUCCAAAUUGGCCUAUUCCAGAUCCAAUCAAAUUAUUGAAGGAUGUUUUAGAAGCCUGGAAGUCGGAAGUUGAAAAGAAACCUCCAUUGAUGACAGUAGAAGAGGCAUAUAAAAAUUUAGGCCUUACAGGAUCUCACCAUGAGGAAUCAACAAUUAGAAAGGCUUACUACAAACUAGCUCAGAUGUACCACCCUGAUAAAAAUCCUGAUGGACGGGAUCGUUUCGAAUUAGUGAAUCAAGCAUACGAAUUUUUGUGCAGUAGGAGCAGUUGGACAACAGACGGUCCAAAUCCACACAACAUUGUUUUAGUUCUUCAAACCCAAAGUAUUUUGUUCCAUAGAUACUCUGAGGUAUUACAACCGUACAAAUACGCCGGCUACCCACAACUAAUAAAGACAAUCAAAAUAGAAACUGCUGAUGAACAAUUGUUUUCUAAGAGCGCUCCAUUGCUAACAGCUGCCAGUGAGCUUGCUUAUCACACUGUUCACUGUUCAGCUUUGAAUGCAGAAGAACUAAGGAGGGAAAAUGGAUUAGAGGUUUUACUGGAAGCUUACACAAGAUGUGUAAACGUAUUGAACAACUCAUCAAAACCUAAUGAAACUUGUGUACAAGUCAGCAUGCACAUCACUAGGUGUUUCGGUGUAGCCGCCCAGUUUCCUGGUUGUCGUGAACGUAUGUUAGAUUUGAAACAACUUAUAAAGGAUCUAUGCAGGAUAUUAUACUUUAAGCACCUUACAAAACUGUGCUCUAUCGCCACCGAAUGCAUAAGCGCCUUCGCAGUAGACGGCAUCCUGCAGGUUGAACUAUUGAAGGCUGGCGCCUUAUGGCAUCUACUACUUUUUAUGUUCAACUACGAUUUCACAUUAGAUGAAGGCGGUGUCGAGCGAACCGAGGAUGCUAAUCAGCAGGAAAUCAGUAACCGCCUGGCCAAGGAGGCUGUUAAAGCCUGCGCUUCACUUGGCGGUUAUAUAGCUGGACCAGACAAGCCACCACGUAACGAUCUCACCAGGUCAAUUCUAGAUAGUUUGUUGACCCCAUACCUGGCUAACCAACUGGGCAAUGAAAAGCCGGAAAAUAUUCUUAAAACUUUGAACAGCAAUAGUGAAACGCCUUAUUUGGUGUGGGACAACGGAACACGGGCGGAACUGAUGGACUUCCUCGAAACACAGCGCAGCGGAAGAGAACAAAUUGAUUUAGCCAUUGGCAACGAUUUUGCUUACUCCGCACAUAAGGGCGAACUUAGGAUCGGACAAAUAUUCAUACGAAUUUACAAUGAACAACCUACAUACCAAAUACACAAUCCAAAAGCUUUUACAAAGGACCUCCUUAAUUUCCUCAAAGGCCAAUCAGAAUUCCUGUUAAACUUGGUCAAUGUUGCUUAUUCAGUGACCAAGGAAGAUAGACUGAAACAUUCCGAAAUGGCCUUAGAUGCUCUCUGCAACGUGAUUCGAAACAACACGGGGGUGGAAUUGGAAUGCAAAGGAUAUUUUCCAAUGCUUUUUAGUCUUCUGAAUGUUACGCACAGUCCUAUUCAGAAAGGAGCCCUAAAUGUUGUUUCAGUCGUGACGAGAAAUAACGACUGUAUCAACGAUAUCGCUUCAAGUGAAGUUCUGGGUUAUUUGCUUCACAUUUUAUAUACCAUCCAGGAUUCGCAGCCCCAAAUUUUGGACACCUUAUACCAACUAACCACAACUACAAAAAUUGUCAAAGAAGCUCUGAACAAAGGUGCGGUUAUUUACCUACUUGACUUGUUUUGCAACUCCACCAACCCGUCAGUGCGUCAGACUUGUGCAGAACUUUUGGCACGCAUGAGCCUGGAUAAAUUAGUCGGACCUAAAGUUAGAUUGGCUCUGGGAGCCUUUCUACCCCCUAUUUUCGCUGACGCGAUGCGCGAAAGUCCCGAAACUGCGGUCAAUAUGUUUGAGUCGAGCCACGAACAUCCUGAACUCAUCUGGGAUCAGGAUGCUAAAGAUCGAGUUUGCGCCACGGUCGCCAGACUUCGAAGAGAACACCAAGCUGCCCAAGGCCAAAAUCCAUCAGCAGUUUGGAAGGUGCCAGAUACAAAUGGACUAUCCAAUUUGUCCCAACCUAACGAAUUCAUGGUCGGCGGAGUCUACUUAAGGAUCUUUAUUGCCAACCCAGCUUGGACUUUGAGGAAACCAAAGGAAUUCCUGUCAGAACUGAUGGAAACAUGUCUUAAUUUAAUGUCGAAAGACAAAACUAAUGUUGAUCAGUUGGAUGUAUGUACUCAAGCCCUCUGUUCCUUGUUGCAAGUACAGCCGGCUUUAUUAGACCUUGUACCAUCUAUGGGUCACAUACCAAGACUCUGCAGACAAAUGGGAUCAAAUAUUAGGCAAAUAGCAAUACCUAAAUCUGCUAUUUGUAUACUACAUGCACUUUCCCUUAGUAGUAUAUGCGUGAACGCAAUCGCACAAACGGACUGUAUGCACCCGUUAAAACAAGCAAUGCAGGUGCGAAAGGACAUGGUUUCGGUAGCGUGCGAGGCCCUACACCGUCUCUUCUCGAACAACCAGGAUCAACUUGUUAAACAAGCACUGGACGUAGAUUUUGUACCGUUCCUUUUGAACUUAUUGGAGGGGCGACUUGAAAUCGACAAUCCGGCUAUGACCAAGGCGCAAAUAGUAAAAGCACUAAAAUCAAUGGGUAGAAGCCUCCUUUACGGCGACAGGGUAAACAGUAUUUUGGAAAAGAGCACGAUUUGGGCCGAGUACAAAGAUCAGAAGCACGAUCUCUUUAUUUCGAAUACACCAAUUGCCGGGUAUUUAACAGCGGGUACACCAACAAGUGCAGGAUAUUUGACCCAGGGACCAAGUGCGAAAGUAUCAGUGGCCCCACCACCGGUCGAGAAAGAAGAUCCAACGCUUAGACACAACGUAAUUUGAUUUGCCAAUCGAAUUAUUGGUUGAACUACAGUGUGAUAAAUAACUAGCAUGUGAUUAUGCGCGAGUUAAGUAUUGGAAACAUUCCCUUAUUAAGAAAAAAGCAAUAGACUUGACUUACAGUGUUACAAAUAAUACAAUUAACAGAUGUGUAAAAAGUAAAUGUUACUUUAAGUAUAAAGUAAUUUGUAUGCUUUAAUAAGAUUAUUUAUGCUUUAUCCAAAAAUAUAUAUUUUUUCUAUUAUAGUUACAUGUCCUAUGUGUUAGUUACUAAAUUCAUUUAUAUCUAAUAAAAUGGUUUUUAAAUUUUAA